UCAAAUCCGAGAAUGCGCUGCGAAUAGGUGGAUCUCCCCUCCCCUCUCCGCCGCCUUUGGUUCGCGUUAUCCACACGACAGUCCUUGUGUUCGUAAACUCGUCAAGAUACACACGUGCAACUCACAUCUCCGUCAAAAUGGGAGGAAUUCGAAAGAAGAAGUUCAAGGCAGGAGAGGGUGCACAAUAUAUGUCAAGAACUCAGGCGUUGAGGAAGCUUCAGCUCAGUUUGAAAAAUUUCAGACAUCUAUGUAUCCUAAAAGGCAUUUAUCCCAGAGAGCCCAAGAAGAGGAAGAUCGCUCAAAGGGGUGCCACUGGAUUCAAGACAUUAUAUGCUGUGAAAGACAUUCAAUUCCUUGCAGCUGAGCCUAUGAUCUGGGAAAUGCGAAAGUACAAGCCUCACUUUGAAAAGUUGCGACGUGCUGUAUCUAUGAGAAAUAUGAAAGAGUAUCGGCGCCAGUUAGAAAUGAGACCAGAAAUUAAACUGGAUCACAUUAUAAAGGAGCGCUUCCCAUCUUUCAUUGAUGCAAUCAGGGAUUUGGAUGAUUGUUUGACACUCCUCUUCCUGUUUUCUACUUUUCCUUCACUUAAUGCAGUUCCAAGAGAUCAGAGUGCGAUGUGUCGGAGAUUGACAAUGGAAUUCCUGCACAUAGUUAUUGCAUCCAGAGCACUUAGGAAGGUGUUUGUUUCAAUUAAGGGGUACUACUUCCAAGCUGAGUUAAAGGGAGAGACUGUCACUUGGAUAGUCCCUCAUCAAUUCUCAUUCAAUCCUGACUCUGCCGUUGAGGUUGACUUCAAGACUAUGUCAUUUUUUGUAGAAUUUUAUUGUGUUCUAUUAGGCUUUGUGAAUUAUCGCCUGUACCACCAACUUAACUUAUACUACCCACCAAAACUCAGCCAGUUGUCUGGUGAUGAAAUUGAGAAGACACUUGCGGACGAAGGAGCGUAUUAUGGAGAACGUAUAGCCUCUUUAAAUGUGGAGCUGACUCACAGUUCUGGAAAUGCCAAUGAAGAGGAGCAGGAGCUGGAUCAGUUUACACUGUCCGAAGACCCAGACAAAAUGGAUCAAAUUCAGAAGGAAAUAGAACACAGGAAAAAACUUAAAACUCUUUUCGAAGGUGUGAAAAUUUUUGUUAAUCGUGAAGUACCGAGAGAACCUGUAGUCUUUUGUAUCCGAGCUCUUGGAGGCACUGUGUCAUGGGACAAGCGACUCUUUGUUGGUGCCACAUUUGAUGAAGAUGACGAAACAAUCACUCACCAAAUAGUUGACAGGCCAAGCAUGGAAAAGCAGUACAUCUCAAGGUACUAUGUUCAGCCACAGUGGGUGUUUGAUUCAGUGAAUGCAGGUGUAUUGUUGCCUAUUGAACGCUAUCUGAUGGGAGCUAUUUUGCCUCCUCAUCUAUCACCCUUCCUUGAUGGAACAAGGGACAACCGGUAUAAACCUCCAGAAGAGUUGGCAUUGAAAGGAGAAGCUCCUGUGGUGGAUGCAGAUAAAGAUGAAGAAAAAUCAGAUGAGGAAGAAAGUGAAGAAGAGGCAGAAUACAUCGAUUCUGUCAAUCUUGAUGACUAUGAGGAAGAGGAGGAAGAGGAAGAAGAUGAGAAUGGACAACCUCUUGAUGAAAAAGAGAAGGAAAGAUUGAAACUGAAAAAGAGAAUGGCUGUGACUAAAGGGACAAUGGAGAAACCGGAUCCAUUGGCUAAGCAACGUGAAGAAACAGCAGAAUACAAGAUGAGGGAGAAGAUGAUUAGAAAUAAACACAGGAAGUUAUACAGACAUAUGAUGGACAACAGACAGAAGUGGGGCAAGGAAACAGCGCGCUUGGAGCAGAAGAGGAAACGUGUGGAGGCGGAACAGUCUGCCUCUAAGAAGGAAACUAGGAUACAAAAGAAAAAGGCUGCAGCUCAGCUUCAAGCUUAAAUUGUUGGAAAUGAUUAGAUUAUGUAUAGGUAAGGAGAGACUGUACUGUGUAUCAACUUAUUUUUUUCUGUUUUGGUAAAUAUAAUUACAGAAUUUCAUUAUUGUUUA